GUGUGUGUGUGUGUGUGUGUGCACGGCGACUCCUCCUCACUACGCAGUCCUUGCACAGACAAAUGGAAGAUGGACUCUGAAGACAACUGUGACCAUCAAAUUGAUCCUGUUGCCAUGCACAGCAUGCAGUGACUUUUAGGUGCCUUGGCUGUGUCAUGUAGUCACGAAAUGGCAGCAAGUGGAAACAAUUGGGAGCAAGGAUGUGAGGAGGAUGCAAGAGGAGGUAGAAGACCUCUCCAGGACACCCACAACCCAGAUGUUCUUCCUAACAUGCUUGGAACGAAGCGCCACCAACCUCGAGGGAUCGUUAUCCAGCUGACGGGAACAGAAGGAGAGUGGAGCAGCCUGGAUGAGAGCGAGCUCAUCUUCUCGCUUGAUCACGAUGAGUACUACCCCUCAGUGUCUCAUUCAAGUCAGAAGCAUGUUUCUAGUGAUGACAGGGUGUCCCAAGGGUUCCACGUUCCACUUUCACCCUCGUCUCCCGGUUCUCUCGGGAAUUGUUCCACUACAGUCCCCGGCUUCCUCUCUCCAGGCCCUUCCUCCCCCACUCAUCGACCCUUGGCCAGUUUGGUAAAGUCGCUCUCAACAGAGUUGGAACUAAGAGAAGCCUCCACCCUUAGACCGAAACCCCUUCUCAGCCUUGUGAAAUCCAUCUCCACCGAACUCUCACGAUCUGAGCCUGAGGUGUCGCAGUCUAAAUCGGACUCCCGUCUCAACCUUCACCUGUUGAAGCAGCUUACGCAACCCAAGACCCGAAGCAGCGGGGACUCUCGGACAGCGCCGCCAUCCCCUAGCAUGCUUUCACCCAGUGGAGAGGGUCUGAAAGGUGGCUUCUUCAAAAUGGAACUAGAGGACACCAAACGUAAACUCUCUGAGGCAGUCCACGAGCCACUGAGCAGUAUGUUCAACAAGAUCAUGAGAGAAGACAGCACGGGAAGCCCCAAGCACCAGUUUAAGACUACCCAGGUCAUCUCCAGAGGUUUAGGCAGGGAAAGUAGCACAGAUACGGGGCCCUCAGAAUCUCCUGUGAAGAGCAGUGGCAGAACAGAGGGUGAGAUUUUUGACUGGUCUUCGGUUAGGUAUCCUGGAAGAAGCCCCCGCAGCACGUGCCCUGUGCAUCAUUGCAAACGUCACAGGAAUGAAGAGCUACGAUUUUAUUCAGAUGGAGACAUACUGCAUGUUUUUUCCACUGAUACUCACCAACAGACAAAGAGACUGCCUCGGAUUGCAUCACCGCCACUUAGGACCUACCACCCACCUAAUCCUCCACCAUGCAUGAGUUUAUUCUGUGUGGCAGUUCUAUCCUAUGGCUAUUUAACCCUACCUCUGAAUCCAUACUCCUCUGGUCUGGCUUUGGGGCUGGCGUUGGGCUUUUUACUCGGACUCCUGCUUAUAAGAAUGGGCUCUUCCAGGGCUAGACCAUCGCUGUCUCUUCUAGGAGAGGAGAUUCUGAGAGAUACCUCCAUUGAGCCUGAUAUCACUAAGGGUUGGAUGAAUGAGAUUCAGGAUUAUGACCCAGAAACCUUCCAUUCAGCGCAGACUCACUCUGUGUUUGCCACACUGGAGGGCUCCUGCCUUCGACUUGACACCCCUCAGUCGAACAUCAGUCGCAGAGCCAUGUACGACCAGAGAGUCCACGAGUCCGCUUUCAUCAAGACACGUGCCUACCAGCUGGAGAGGAGCAAAGUGUUCUUGCUGCCAACUGUGUUGGCUCGGAAGAGAGUGUGGAACCCCAAAUAUCCCAUCUGCAUCCAGCUGGCCAGUACCUCUCAGGAGGACGCUGGGCAAAGGUCAGAAAGGAGUCAGAAAGAGGAGUGGCCAGGAUCUGAACCCAAAAGUCAAAGUUUUUCUAAACCCACCAGUGACCCAUGUGCAACUCUUUACCUCUUCGGACGAACGGGACGGGAAAAGGAGGAGUGGUUUCGCCAUUUCUUGCUCGCAUCCAUGAAUGCAGAGCAAGAGAAAGACCACAACCAACCACGGUCUGGCAGAUGUGUGCCUCCAUCGGGUGACCCAGUACUGUCACAGAGUGUCAGCAGUCAUGGUGAUACCCCAUGCAGCAAAGGCUCCACCAGCAGAGUGGGCAGCAGUGAAGACGAUGCUCCCUCCACACCCCCGGUCUGCCCCAACCCUGCAGCUCCUCUCGGUCAGACCUCCAGCAGCACCACCAGGGGCCUUUCUCUUCUCGACUACCCCGGGUAUAUGGCUCGCCUUCUGGCUGCAGAAGACUCGCCCUCACUCUCAAGCCCCGGCGUUGGCAGCACAGAAACGAGCCCCAAACUCAAAGGAAAUUGUUCCUGUGAUUUGGCGGAGGACUGUGGGAGGAGUUCGACUGCGUGGGUGAACGCUCUGAUCGGUCGCAUCUUUUGGGACUUCCUGAGAGAGAAGUACUGGGCUGACAUGGUUUCCUGUAAAAUCCAGAAGAAGCUCAGCAAAAUUAGAUUGCCUUACUUUAUGAAUGAACUGACCCUGACCGAGCUGGACAUGGGCAGUUCUAUGCCACAAAUCACAUCUACCUCACGGCCAGAGGUUAACCACAGAGGGCUGUGGGUGGAACUACAGCUGGCCUACAACGGUACCCUGCAGAUGACCCUGCAGACAAAAUUUAACUUGUCCAAACUGGGUAAAGAGGGUGGCCAGGAUAUGGACUGGUUGGCUGAAACUGGAAGCACACGAUGCAAACCCAUCCUAAGUGUGUUGGCAGACAGUGAUGAGGAGUCUUCUAGUGCUGGUUCAUCUGAAGAAGAAGAGCUGCUAUUCUCUGAGCCCCAGGGGCCUGCUGGGGAAAAGGGCACAGAAGGAACAGGGGGCGGAAGGACUGGCAGGAAGAUUUUGAGAUUUGUGGACAAAAUUGCAAAAUCCAAAUACUUUCAGAAGGCGGCAGAGAAUGAGUUCAUCAAGAAGAAGUUUGAGGAGAUGUCCAACACUCCUUUGCUGCUCACAGUGGAGGUGCAAGAGUUGUCAGGCUCUCUGGUUGUCAACAUCCCACCGCCCCCUACAGAUAGAAUAUGGUACAGCUUCUGUACACCACCCAAACUGGAUCUACGUGUCCGACCCAAACUAGGUGAGAGGGAGGUGACUUUUUGUCAUGUGACUGAAUGGAUUGAAAAAAAACUACAGGAUGAGUUCCAGAAAGUAUUUGUCCUGCCAAACAUGGAUGACAUCUACCUACCCAUGAUGCACUCGGGCGUGGACAUCCCCCAUGUGUCUCCACAGAGCUCUACUGAGACUAACGAGCGAGUAGCACUUGAGGUCACUGCGACAGAGUCGGACUGUAGCACGACUUUGUAUAAAUAACCAGUGACAGGAAACAAUGAAAACCACAAACUCCUCAUAUAAUAAUAUUCACAAACUUGAAGGUGGGUUAUUUGAGGAAAUGCUCUUGCCGGUGACUUUUGAUAACCAGGACUGACAUUACUGCGCUCUCAUGUAAUGGUAAGUCAAUCAAUCAAUCAAUCAAAGUUUAUUUAUAUAGCCCUAAAUCACAAGUGUCUCAAAGGGCUGCACAAACCACAACGACAUCCUCGACUCAGAUCCCACAUCAGGGCAAGAAAAAACUCAACCCAACGGGAUACAAUAAGCAACCUUGGAGGGGACCGGGCGACUGGUGCAAUGGACGUCGAGUGGAUCUAGUUAAUAGUGUGAGAGUCCAGUCCAUAGUGGGGCCAACAGGGGAUCAUCUUGAGUGGAGACUAGUCAGCAGCGCAGAGACGUCCCCAACUGACGCAAAGAGGAGUGGUCCACCCCGGGUCCUGACUUUGAACAGCUAGUGCGUCAUCUGUGGUCACCUAAUAACCUCUCCACGCAGGAGAGUAGGGCAGAGCAGAAAAGAGACGGCAGAUCUACUGGUCUAAAAGGGGGUCUAUUUAAAGGCUAGUGUAUACAAAUGAGUUUUAAGUCAUAUUUUAUUUUCAUUUAAUAUUUUAAUAAUGAUAAUCCAUUCAUGACAUAUUAUAUCGGCAUACUCUUGUGUGCAAACGUUUACAUAGGUAUGAGAUUAUUUGCUGCUUUGUUAAUGGCUGUUGACAAAUAUUAA